GCCGAUCUGCUCCUGGACAACAUUGGCGGUAUCAACCGCGGCCCUGAUGUCCUGGUCGACUGACUCGAAUUUCUUGUCGAACCGACGCAGGACGUCUAUCUGUUUCUUGAUGGUGACAGCCUGGUCAUUGAGGGCGAGAACCUCGACCAGUACCCAACGCCAUCGGCGUGAAACGGCAGGCCGCCUCAUCGUCUGGGCCCAGGAGGGGCCCCUCAACGCUGGUCCCUGGUCCUAUACCCAGCCUCGCCUCGAGACUCUUCUCUCUGCUGGUGUGACCGGGGGCCGGCGCAUUGUCUUGUUGGUGUGCCCGGCGUAUUGUCGUGUUGGUGUGCCCGGCGCAUUGUCGUGUUGGUGUGGCCAGCGCAGUGUCUUGUUGGUGUGGCCGGCGUAGUGUCUUGUUGGUAUGGCUGGCGUAUUGUCUUGUUGAUGUGCCCGGCGCAUUGCCCCGGGGGGGG